AUAAUUCCGAAGAACGGUGCUAUCAUCAUUUCAUAUAAGACCUCUUUAAUACGACUGGACAAAAAUGAGUGUAGUGGUCUCUAGAUUGGUCUAUGCCUAUCAAAGCCUUCAUUCAACCUUAACUUCAAAAUGUUUAAACCGGAUUUGUUACUUCCGUUUUUUUCGUCUAAGUACAUCCUCACAAAAAUUAUCUGUUUUAAAUAAAUUAUAUUUCUAGAGAAUUGAAAAGCAAGUGUGCUUUAUGGAACAUUCAAGAUUGGAUAUUCAGCAAAACACCCGUUUCUGGAGAUUCCCUGUUUUUUGACAGAGUUCAGCGAAAAAUAUUUUUCUUUGGCACACAAUGUCACUGUCAUUUUUAUAGUAGCAUAAUCACAACAAACAUCGAAAAUGUGAAACCGGUAGCUAAAGGAUAUAAUGUGCUUAUUCUCUGACCUAAUAUACUAUUUGUCUCUGCUAACAUGCAUGUCAUUAGGUGGCUACUACAAAAAAAUUGAAGAUAGGGAAAUAAAGCGUAACUACGGGGCGGGGCUCGGCAUACUUAUCACUUGUCUGAUAUGCGGGCAGUACACAGUGCACUCCAUCCUCAUGGUUUGGGGCAACAUAGUCAUUAUCAAAUGCUGCGACAAACGCUACAUGCACCACUUAAGUUUAGCGUAUACAUGGAUGUACCUAAUAUACCUGCGCUAUAACAUAGAUUCCACAAUUUACGUGUUUUGGCUGCACCAGACAAUGGCUCUGCGGCUUGUUGGCUUGGCUUUUGAACUAUGUACGCCUGAAAAAGGAAAUCGACCGACUAUAACCAACAAAGUCCCAAGUUCAAAAAACGUAAACCUCAGUAUUAAAUCCGAAAAACCUUCAAGUAACACACUCCCCAGUAAGGAGUCAAAUCCUAAAGGACAGCAAUCUUCAAGUGAUAAAACGGUCUCGGGCUCCGGAAAAAGUUCUUUACCCAAGACUGUUGGAGAUCACAACUCGGUGUCCAUAGAGCCAAGCGCAAUAGACAUCAUCGCAUAUGCGUACUAUUUCAUUGGACUACAUAAAGGUCCUUACUAUAGGUGGAAGACAUUUAUCGAACAUUUUAAAACACCAUUUGGAGUUCUCGGCGAUUGUAGAAUAAUUACGGAGCAGAAACUGAAAAAAGCAUUUAUAUGCACAAUCAUAUAUACGCUCCUACAGAUAAAAUUCCCCUCUACGGUAUAUUACGAAAACGAGUUUUAUACGAGCUACGGCACUGACUUCCGCUACCUGUACAACAUACCCCAGUUGUUGACAUACGUGCUGCAGUACCAGGUGGUGAUGUUCCUGUGCUCCGCCGUCUGCACCGAAACCGGCUUCGGCGUGUAUCCCACCAAGACCUUGCCAAUGCCUGGUCACGGACCUACCACGAGAUUCAGCUUACUAGAACUUGCCAUAUCUAAAGAAGAAGUGGCUUUGGAGCAAGAAUUCAACUUCGCCAUGUUGAAGUCCUUUGAGAAUGAGAAGCUGGUAAUAGGCCCUCGGAUGAGAGACACGCUACGGGGCUGGGACAUGUCCAUACGUUACUGGUUCUGGGCACAUACUUAUAAAAAUAUCGUCAGGACUAGCAAGGAAGCGAGGAGCGCAUUGUCCUUUCUAGCUUGGACGGUAUGGUGUGGUCCAACUAUACAACAGCUUAUCAUCUCAAGUACGCUGUGGGUUCAUCUGCACUUAGAAAACGAAUAUGGCGAUCUAUAUGACACUAAUAUGACGAUGAAGAUGCCGUGGGACAUCGGUUUCUCGAUAAUGCGUAUGUUCUGUCUCAUCUACCUCACACCCUGCCUCAUUAUAAACGACUCCUCCGUCGUCCUCCAUUAUUACCAUUCAAUAUUCUGGGUGUACCAUAUGGUGUUGUUUUUUCUGAUAUUAGGCGCUUUGUGUGUUAAUAAAGACAGAUAUCAUACAGAUAUCACUACAGCAAGUAACGGAAAUGAUUCAGAAAAUAAUUUAUAGUGCGUUUUUUUGUUGAAAUAUAUUUUUGGAACGAAGUUUUUAUUUUUUCUUUACCUCAACUUACUAAAUAACAAACUUAUGUUUCAAGCAUUCGC